AUGCCCCAGGCGGGGGACAGCUACGAGGAGAAUGCAGAGCCCAACACCCAGCACCGCAGAGAGGUUCUGACGAGGCGCAUAACCCAGCUGGAGGCCCAGCUUGACGACGCCCUGGCGCUGUCGGCGCGGCAGCGGCUGGAGCUGGAGGCCGCCGAGGCCACCGCGGCCGCGACCUCGCAGCGCCAGGCCGAGCGGCUGGCCGCGCUGGAGCGGGCUGCCACGUCGGCGCGGGAGGACGCCGCGGCAGUGCGCGACCUGGCCCGUCACUCGGGCGACCUCCAGUCCCAGCUGGCGCGUGCGCAGCGCCAGCUGGCGGAGGAGCGCGGCCGCGCCGCACGCGCGGCCGCCUCCCACGACCGCCGCCUGGCCGAGGCGCAGGAGGCUGCUAGGCAGAGCCUGGUGCAGGCGCGGGAGGAGGCGGGGCUCGAGGCCGCCGAGCUGCGCGCGGCGGCGGACGCAGCGCGGACGACCGCGGAGGAAAGCGCGGCGCGAGCCGCCGUGGCCGAGGUGCGGAUCGGUAAACUGGAGGCCGCUGCUGCGAGGCGCGAGGCGGAGCUGGACGCGGCCGCCGCCGACGUGGCGGCCUGCCGGUCCCAGCUCGCCCAGAGCCAGGAGGCCCUGGCGGCGGCGCGCGGCGAGCUGGUGGGCGCCCGGGCCGAGACCGCCGCAGGGAUGGCGGAGCGCGAGGCGGCGACGCGCGAGGUGGCAGACGCCCGGCAGGCGCAGCGCGACGCCGAGGCCGCCGUGGCGGAGGCCGGCCGCCGGCUGGCCGUGGCUGAGGAGGCGGUGGCGACCAAGGAGGCCCGCCUGCGGGAGAUGCGGCGCGCCAUGGCCGAAGCCCUGGACGAGCGGCGCGACGCAGCGGCCGCGGCGGAGAAGGAAAGGGCGGAGCGGCGGGAGAUCGAGCGCCAGCACUGCACGCAGGCCGCCGGCCUGGUCGGCGCCAUGCUGGCCGGCCUGCGCUUGAGCGCCGGCCUCCUGACCGCCGGCGACGCCGCAGCGGGCAGCACAGGGGAUCGCGCAGCAAGCGCGGAGGAGGACAUCACGAGCGGCAGUGCCGAGGCCGCCUUCCUGGCAGGGCUGCAGCAAGCCGCCGAGGUGCUGGCCCGCCCGGGCGCCGCCGAGGACGAGGGGCUCGGGCCCAUGCAGUGCCUGACUGGCACGCUGAGCCUGUUGUGCGACGCCGUGUCCCACUACGCCUCGGUCUGGAGGGACUGGGUGCAGGCCCAGGCCAUGCUGCGAGACAUCCACACCAAAGUGGAGGCGGCGGCAGCUGUAGUGUCGACGCCCGCCCUUUCAGUGCCGUCGCCGGGGUCUAGUCCAGGUGGGCCUGGGCUCCGGCGCGAGGGGGCGCCGGUCACACUCGUGCGCCAGCUGAGGCGGCUGGCGUCCUCGGUGCUGCGCGCGCUGGAGUUGCUGCAGGCCGAGCGGGAGGGCGCCCGCUCCGCCCUGCUCAGCUCCGCCGACCAGCGAGACGAGCUCCUGGACAAGAUUCGGCAGCUGGAGCAGUCCCUCGUCACAGAUCAGCCUGAGCCUGGCCAGCGGCCAGGGUCGAAUUAUGCUCAGGCUGAGCUGGAGGCGGCCAGGGACCAGGUCCUGGCGCUGGAGCAGGAAAAUGCUGAGCUGGAGGGCCGCUGCGCUGGGCUGGAGGGCAGACUGAGGGAGGAGAGGGCCAAGGCCACCAGCGACUGGGCAGUGGUGCGACGGGACAUUGCAGAGCUGGUAUCCGCUGUCGAGGCCGCCCAGCUGGACGCGCAGCGCGCGGUGCAGAGCGCUCGGCGCGAGUCCCAGCGCGCCACGUCGGCGUCCCUCCUCACCACCCCUUCCCCCCUGCGCUCCUUCAAUGCGUGA